AUGGAUUAAUAAAAUGAUGUCGUAACUUAGGAUCACUAAUAACCAAAUGAUGAAUAACUUGAUUUAUCUACAAUCGAUAAUGAACAAACAGAAUAACCUAUAAUUGAAAAUCCUCCAAUAAUUGAUGACAUUCCAGUAAUCGAUCCAUUAAUUGAUUAAACUACAAAUUAACCAUCAAAUUAAGAUAAUUAAUCAGAAUAGCCUAAUCCUGCUCCAAAUCCAUUAUAUACUUAUUCAAUUUUGGCAAAAGAAUUUAUUUUGUUUAGUCUUCCAUAUUUAUAUUUUAUAUUUGCUGCUCUUUAUAGGAUUUAUUAACUUUAAUAAUUUCAAACAACUACACUUUAAAGAUAAUCCAUAAGAUCGUAAUUAAGCGACGAAGAUAUGUAAUUAUUUAACUAAAAUUAAUAAGUCUAAAAACUAAUCCUCCAUCUUUGAAUAUUAAAAUAAUGAUUUCGUAUUGGUUGUGUUUGGUGUGCACAUUGUCAAUGAUAUUAGGAUUUUUUGGACUAAUUAUGACUAUAUCACCAAAAUUGUAUUUUAUUUGGAUGAUACCAAUCGUUGCUCAUAUUAUUGCUGUAAUAUUGCUAAAAUUAGAGUUCAAGGUUCAAGAAUAAUAGGCUACUUGGACUCACAGAGUACAUGAUUAUGAACUAUUAUAUAGAUAUUUUGGCCUUUAUAAACUGCAUUUCUAGUAGUUCGUACAUCAUAAGAAUAUCAAACUAUUUUGAGCAGUGGAUUAAUUAUAUUAUAAUUGAUUCCUUCACUCAUUUUAUUAAUUUAUGCCUUAUAUAGACCUAAUGAUCGAACAAGAAUACCUGAUGAUACACCAAAAUUUGCAAAAUAAUUAAUGAAGUCAUUAGAAGAAUUCAGAAUAUUUUAAUCUGAAAAUAAUACUGUUAGAGAAUCUAUGUUCAAUAGAAUUAAAACAAAAAAAGAAAAUUCUAUUAUAACCAAAUAAAUAUCAUCUGCAUUUUCUGAUCUCAUUUAAAGCAAGAAUCAAAAUGAAUAAGAAUAAUUCUUAAGAGAAAAAAUGCCAGAAAGAAGUGUCAGUGUAAGUAAGAAAGUUAUCAAACGUUUUGUUAAUGAUAAUGAAAUACUGUAUUCUUAUUUGAUUCUAACCAUUAUUGAUGGGCAUACUUUUUAAUCAGAAAAACGUUACCCUGAAUUCUUAAAUAUAGAAAGGGUAUAAAUUGAUCAUUUUAACAAAUAUAAUGCAAGUUCAUUUAAAAUACAUAGAAUAGAUUUAUAAUUAGGUGAAGAUGAAUUUUCUUAUGUUUUAAGAAGAAGAGAAUAUUUAGAACGAUGGUUGUAAGAUUAAUUAGCUAAUCCUACCUAUGUUACUAAAAACUUACUUGAUUUCUUGGGAAUUGAUGAGGAAAUGCAACAACCUUUUUUAAUUUAUUAGUAAUUGAUUUCUAAAACUAAAUCGACAAUACGAUCUAAAAGUUAUUAAAGAAGUUAAGAAUAUGAAUUAUAAGCUAUUAGAGUAAAUUCUGAAGAAAAUUUAAUUGCUUUAGAUUAUUCAGAACUUCAAUUCACUUCCAAUUGUAUUCAGUAUGAAUAUGGUAUGUAUGGAUCUAAUUCAAUUGAAUUUGUAAUUAAUAUCAAAUACAAAGAAAAGUAAAGCAAUUUUUAAUCAAUUUAGAAACUCAGAAUAUGUUUAUAGGAUCUUGAAAACACUUUCAUGUAUAAGAUAAUUUAGUGAGUUACUCGAAUAAUAGGCUGGUCGAGCAUUGCCACCUAAUUUAAAAGUUACAAAAUAAAUUUUAAAUCUAACUACAAAUGAAAAAAUAAUAUUUGUUGAUGAAUUUUUUAAAGAAUUAUUAGGAAAUCAAGAAUACUUUUCAAGUGAUUUUUUUGAUUUUAUUGGAUUUGAUAUUAAUAAUAGAUGUCCAAAAGAUUAAAGCUGA